AGUGAGAGAGGAGCGCAAGUGGAGUUGAAGGAACGACGAAGCGAACUAAACCUCCUCUGGAUCGACUCAUACGAGUUUAACGUUCAGUUUCUACCGAGCUUCGUUCGCUCGAGUGUCUAUCCAACGUCAAACUUGCUUACUUCCGUUCUUAUCAACCCUCUGAUUAACCAGAGAAUUUAACAGGAUGUCGGAAGAGCAGAAGCCGAGCUAUAAGUUAAUUUACUUCAAUUCUCGAGGAAGAGCUGAGCACAUUCGUUACAUUUUUGCACACGCCGGUGUAGAUUACAUCGAUGAACGAGUCCCGAAGGAACGUUGGCCAGAAGUCAAGAGAUCAAUGCCGUAUGGAAUGCUGCCGGUGCUGGAGAUUGACGGAAAACCAAUAGCCCAAAGCAAUGCAGUGGGAAGAUUUCUCGCCCGUAAAUACGGACUUGCAGGUCAAAACGAGUGGGAGUCAAUGCUUUGCGAUGUACUCGUUGAUACUCUUGGGGAUCUUAAGUUAGUUAUAUUUCAGUAUAGAACAGAAGAAGAUUUUAUAAAAAAAGAAGAAAAGAAGGUCAAGCUUCUUAAAGAGACAAUACCUUUUUAUCUCAACAAGUUUGAGCAAACAAUUGUUGAAAAUGGCGGGUUCGCCGUUGGCUCAACAACCACAUGGGCCGACUUUGUUUUGGCAGUUGCUCUGGAGAAUUUUGAGCAAAUAUUUGGCGUAGCAGCAUUGGAUAAUUACCCAGGUCUUCGUGGAUUAAAACAACGAGUUCACGAAAUUCCGGAGAUCGUUGAGUGGCUUGCGAAGCGACCACAAACUGACUUUUAAAGUAAACGCUCGUCUGAAGUACGAGUACAGGAAACAACACAACUCAAAUUAACAAGUCAAUAUUCCAAAGAGCCAAGUGCUGUAUUUUAUUUUUAUUUAUAUGCAAGUACUUGGCUCAAAUAUACCCAUUUAUUUUUAUUAAAUUAAUUAUAUCAUCAAAUAGACGUACAAAUUUCAAUAUAUACGUACUUAUUUAGUAUUAAAAAAUUUAUUUAUUUAACAAGGGGUCGUCAGAUAUUUUUGGCUGAGUUUUUCCUGAAAACAAAAUCUCCAAAUACAAACUACAGACCGCACAUUGAUGUAGUACUGUCUAAUUUAGCGAAGUGCGCUUUAAUUUUUUUAUAAUAUUCGUUUGUUGAGGGCAAAAACUCAGCCACAGUUUCGGACUACUGUAUAACUGCAAGAAAGAUAAUAUUGUUCGCCCUCUUGGGUGUGAGAGAGAAAAAAGUAAGACCGCCUGUUAAUUAAAUAAAAUAAAAUGAAAUACGUAAACCUCAGUAACUUUGGCUUCGUCAGGGUAAUUUUGACUUCUCUCAAAAGUAUGUUAGGUCGAAUUAAGCGUCUUUUGAUUUUGAACCGUCUGUUGAUUACGCGUACAAUAAAUUAUUUGUCGUAUUUAAAUAUUAUUUUGUAAGCGGACAAUCCUGUAAAAGAAAAUCAGCUCCGAAAAUGUUGAACAUUUUCAGGGCAAACUCAGGUGUACAUUUUUUUUACUCAUUUUUUUCUAGUCAUUUUAAAAUAUUAAAUUUUCUUAUUCGUCAAUCGCUUGAGUUGGGGUUUUGUAAAUUCUAAUAGUACAAUUUGUCACUUAUUAAUUUUAUACAUAUAUAUUUAUUUAUGGGAAAAAGAAAAUUCAAUUAUUGGCACGUGGCCACAUAGGGAUGAUAGCCAAUAAAGAAAAAGAAAUUAAUUAUCACUAUUAUAUAUGUGUAUGACGUAGACACAUCCUGAAAUUAGACAUUUCAUGAACUGUCUAUACAUUUCACGAACUGCAGACAGAUCGUGUAAUGAUCAUUGCGUUACACCAAGUGUCUAAAAUUUUUAGGAAUUUCAUGAAGUGCAUCAGGGCCUUAGACAUUUCGUGAAAUGUCUAAUGGCGGUAUCGCUGAUUGUGUAAUGUCUUGCAGCAUGAACCUGUGUGAGUUCUUGAGCGCGAAAUAUGACUUGUUUGAAAAUAUUACACAAUCGGCAAUACCGCCAUUAGACAUUUCACGAACUGUCUAAGUAACAGACAUUUCAUGUAAUUCUACAACAUUACACGAUCUGUCUAAGGCCCUGUUGCAUUUCAUUAAAUGCCUAAAAAUUUUACACAGUAAGAAAGGAUUAAAAAUCAAAACCCACCGUGUGUAAAAUGAACGUUUUACACUUAUUUAUAUGUUACCUUAACAUGUUGUGUGUUAAAAAAAGUUAGACACGUAAACCUUAAAAAAUAAAAAUUUUCCAAGAUUUCUUUUGUGAUGGUCGACAUUAUUGUUAACAUAUUUUGUGUGUUGAUUUGACGGUAACAUAUAAAAAGUGUUACUUUCGAAUAAAAUAACAUUUUUGUGUGUCAAAAAAUCAAUCGAUUGCGACAGUUCAAACAAGAUAAGAUCAAAUUCAACACUCAGAAUUUUAACAGACGUUUUUUUUACACUUUGACGAUUCGUUUUUUACUGCACAGCUGAAAAUUUUGUGUUUUUGUGUAUAAACAAUCAAUGGUUAAAUAUUUUGUGUUAAUUAUUUGACACCAUCAAGUGUAAAUUUAACUAAAAUUGAAUGUGUUAUCUGAUCUCAACAAGUUUUAAGUCUGUGUUAUUGUUUGACACAAGUACAAUGUGUUAAAUUAACACAAAAAAUUUAGUGGACCGUUUGGAACAUGUGAUUUGUGUUAAAUUUAACACAAAUUUUUCAACUGUGUAGACACUUCGUAUAACGGAAUGAUCGUUACACGAUCUGUCUGCAGUCCAUAAAAUGUCUAAUUUCGCGAUGUGUCUACGACAUAUAUAUAAAUAUAUAUAAAAAAUAAAUAAACAUAUAUAAAAAUAUAUAUACACAAAAAAAGAAUUUGGUGGAAGAAAUUUUUUCCCGCCCAAGAAAAUUUUUGGUUUCAAUUAAAAAUGCAAAAAAUUUCUUGCGCCAAAAAAAUAUUUUUUUUUGUGUACAUAUAUAAUUAAUUAUAUAUAUAUAAUUAAUUAUAUAUAUACUUGGAGUGUAUAUGUUUGAGUGUAUAGAUGUUACUAUUAUUGAUGUUGAAAUGUGUAAGCGUUGCAUUGUUGUAAUUUAAUUAAUUAAUUAAUUAAUUAAUUAAUUAAAUGAUUAACAAAAAAGGGUAAUACAAUAAAUAAUAAUUAAAAAAAUAUUUAUGAUUAAUGUGCAAACGUUAACGAAUUAACAAAUUGAAUGCAUUUAAUAAAUUAAAUUAUUUUGAUUGCUCAUGUAACAAUUGACUAUUGAUUAGUCAUUUGUAAAUUAAUAUUUAUUUUUAAAACUGAAAAAUUGACAGAGUAAAAAGUAAUAUGAUUGCUUACUGUAAUUAGAAAGUGUUGUUUCAAAAUAUUUAUUUAUUUAUCAAAUUAAAAGUAAAAGUCAAUCACUGUCAUGCAACUGCUAAGAAAUUCGAUAUUAUAAGUGUGAAUUUUAAUUGUUUGUUAAGUUUCAUAAUGAAUGAAAUAAUAAUAAUAAUAAUUAAUAAAAAAUGAAAUAGUUGGCUCUAGAAAAAAAAAAAUAAAUGUCAAUGUAUCAUAUCAUUACUAUUGUAUACGAGUAAACCAAAGAAAAACGAUAAAUGUUAUUGUAAUGUUUUGAUUUGCUUGAAAAAAAAAAUAAUAAUAAAAUAUAAUAAUGAUAUUUAUUCUAACAAAUAUGAGUGUUUAUUAAUAUCAUGUAUUUUUAUCAGUAUUGAGUAAAAAUGAUUAUUCUAGAGUGGAAAACCCACCGACUGUUGGCAAGUACUCAGGACGAGAUCAGUCGGACCGGGUGUAAAAAUAGUUAUGAAAAUUUUCUAUAAAAUUUUGUUGUCUUUCUAUGAAAUUUUGUUUCUGAUCGUUCACAUGGCAGUGCCACAAUUCUACUCACAACUACUCUACUCGAGGGAAGCACAGUAGGAUCUCGUUAUUAGACUAUUAGUUUCUCUCUCAAACUAUCGCGAUACGUGGUUUAUAAAAAAGACAGAAUGAUAGUCUUAUAACGAGGUCCAACUGUAGCUACAGUCGAAAUCCAUUAUCUCGGAACUUCCCCUCAAUCUUGACUCCCACUACGAGCUACGCUGCCUCCCACCCGAUGCUAUACAUUUGUAUGUGUCUUUAUAUGGUUAUAUUUGCACCAUACAUGUAUAUGUAAGAGCGCAUGCAGUAUAGUGAUCUUUUUAAGGGAGAAAGGGCAUCCGUUAACUAGGAAAUUCUAAGAAAUUUCCGCUUCUUAGUAGAUUAAUGUCCGAGUUAAUGGAAUUCGACUGUACAACUCUACUCACUCACAACUUUACUCAG